UCAGGUUAUGUUCAUUGAGAUCGAUCAUAAUGCAACAAGAUGUCGCUGUUGGAGUUUUUGCAGCGAUAGUCUCUGCAAUCACUUAUGGAUCCACAUACGUUCCAGUGCGAUGGUUUGAAGCUGGUGAUGGCUUCUACUUUCAAUGGCUUAUGUGUCUUGGUCAGACACUUUUCGGCGUUGUCGUUCUGGCAAUAGCAGGCUGGCCUCCGAUUUUUCCGCUGGCAAUGCUCAGCGGAGCAUUCUUCGCUACUGGAAAUGCAUUGACGGUCUAUAUCAUGGAUGGCGUCGGCAUGGCUGUGGGAUCUUUGUUAUGGAACACGAUUACAUGUGUGGUAGGUUGGGCUGUGACGAGAUUUGGCUUAUUCUGGAACCCCGUGCAACUACCUCAUAAUCAAAUCAUGAAUGCUGUCGGAGUUGUUGUUGUAUGCGUUGGUGGGUGUUUCUUCGCCACGAUAAAGCACUAUCCAAUGGAGGUCCGACCUGCUCCAUGGCAGCCACGAAAGGAGAGACGUUUGUCAUUCGAAGAAACGAAACGGCCAUCAAACUUUAGAAGGAUCACAGCUAUACUUCUGACAUUUUUAGUUGGAAGUCUGUACGGUAAUAUGUUGACACCCAUCAACUAUUUGGUGCUGCAUAGCACUGAGACCGGUAAUCCAUCCAAUGUGUCUGCGUAUUUCUUUUCUUUCUGUGUCGGAGCCCUGCUAACGUCAACAAUAAUUUUCAUGAUUUAUUCGACUGCAAAGAAAAACCGCCCCUUUGUUAAUCCGGAACUCACUCUGCCAUCGCUGACUUCGGGUAUAAUCUAUGCAGUUGCUACGUAUGGUUUUUUUCUCGCUAACCAGCACCUUGACCAGACCAUUGCCUACCCAAUCUUAUCAAAAUCGCCUGGAAUAGUGGUUUCGUUGUGGGCAGUGUUUUUGUUCCAUGAAAUCAAGGGUGUCCGAGACUUGACAACAUUGGUCGUUGGCAUUAUCACAACUAUCGUGGGAAUCGUCUUGAUAUCGAUCUCAAAGAUAAACUUCCAGUAA